ACUCCGCAUUCGACCAUUACUGCCUUCGAAGGUCCAUACCGGCGGGGUUUAAGCAACGGCUUCCGACAGUUUAUUGUGAUCGGUCACCGCUUCAAUAAACUGGACAUUAAAACAACAAAAAGCGGAAAAAAAAAUCCGAGCGAGGUUCCGAGCUUUUGCCUCACAUUGCCGAGCGCGUGCGCAGACGACACCCAGCAGCGUUCCCCCGACGACGGGGCGAGCGAAUCUUUUCCUCACACGGACGCGCGCGUGCGCAGAUGACAGCCAGAAGUGUUUCCGCGAUGCCCAGGCGACACGCUGCCGCGCGCGUGCGCGGGUGACAGUCCUUCACGCAUGCGUACUCAGAGAAAGAACGGUGCCUAGAAACCGAAAAGAGAGGGCGAGAAAAACAGGCGCUGAUGGCUGGUCCCCGCGCGGCGCAUGCGCCUUGGCGGCAAUAGGGCGACGUCUCUGUUCUAUGGGGCGCGCGCUUUGGCCGUUACCUCAGCAGCAACCGCCGCGGGGAAAGGGAAGGGUGGAGCCCGGGGAAGAUGCCGGGGAAGCUGAAGGUCAAGAUUGUAGCGGGGCGGCAUCUGCCCGUCAUGGAUCGAGCCAGCGACCUGACGGACGCCUUCGUGGAGCAGACACCUGGUGAGGUAAAGUUUGGAAAUACCACGUUUAAGACAGAUGUGUAUCCCAAAUCUCUCAAUCCUCAAUGGAACUCGGAAUGGUUUAAAUUUGAGGUGGAUGAUGAAGAUCUGCAAGAUGAGCCCCUCCAAAUAACUGUCCUGGAUCACGAUACCUACAGCGCUAAUGAUGCCAUCGGAAAAGUUUACAUUGAUAUUGACCCUUUACUAUACAGUGAAGCAGCUACAGUCAUCUCUGGAUGGUUUCCAAUUUAUGAUACGAUACAUGGUAUACGUGGUGAGAUCAAUGUGGUCGUGAAAGUGGAUCUCUUUAAUGAUCUCAACCGUUUUAGACAGUCAUCGUGUGGAGUGAAAUUUUUUUGCACUACAUCCAUUCCAAAGUGCUACAGAGCUGUCAUCAUUCAAGGUUUUGUGGAAGAGCUGGUGGUGAACGAAGAUCCAGAGUAUCAGUGGAUAGAUCGAAUCCGCACACCGAGGGCCUCAAAUGAGGCCAGGCAGAGGCUUAUUUCGUUAAUGUCAGGUGAACUACAACGAAAGAUUGGCUUGAAGGUCCUCGAAAUGAGAGGGAAUGCCGUGGUUGGCUACUUGCAGUGUUUUGAUUUGGAGGGAGAAUCUGGACUAGUAGUACGAGCCAUCGGGACAGCCUGUACCUUGGAUAAAUUAAGUAACACCCCAGCAUUCUUACCCACAUGUAAUUCCCCAUCCAAAGACAUGAAGGAGUCUCCGCUGACUCACCCUCCAAGCCAUGGAUGUCGCUCGACUCACAACAGCCCAAUUCAUACAGCUACUGGCUCACGGCUAACUCAGAACUUCUCUGUGUCAGUACCCACCCUCAUCUACACUGGAAUGGGCAGUGGGAGUGCUGGAAAAGAAGGGGGCCCCUUAAAAGCUCUGUUAAGACAACAGACUCAGUCGGCUCUGGAGCAAAGGGGAGGAUCGCCCCAUAGGUUCUGUAGAAGGCGGGUAUGUUCUAAGCCGUUGUCCUUUGUCGGAAUUAUGGGUAACACAAGAUCAUACAAACUGCUAGACUGGAAUAGUUUCAAUUCAGAUGAUCCGGAGACGCGAGAUGCGUGGUGGGCAGAAAUCCGACAAGAAAUAAAAUCCCAUGCCAAGGCAUUGGGCUGUCAUGCCGUAGUGGGCUACAGUGAAUCGACUAGCAUUUGCGAAGAGGUCUGCAUUUUGUCCGCCUCCGGCACGGCCGCAGUCUUGAACCCUAGGUUCCUCCAGGAUGGCGCCAUGGAAGUCUGUUUGGAACAAAGGUUAGAAGAAGCUUCGCCUCCAGGCUGUGGGUUUUGCCACAUACCUUACGACGAGCUCAACAUGCCAUUUCCUGCUCACCUCACAUACUGCUGCAGCUGCAGGAAGCAAAAAGUCCCAGAUGUUCUUUUCACAACAAUCGAUUUGCCUGCAGAUGCCACGGUGGUGGGGAAAGGAUGUCUCAUCCAAGCCAGGCUGUGCCGGUUGAAAAAGAAAGCCCAGGCCGAAGCAAACGCAACCGCCAUCAGUAACCUGCUGCCGUUCAUGGAGUACGAAGUGCACACUCAGCUAAUGAAUAAACUGAAGCUGAAGGGGAUGAACGCGCUCUUUGGGCUAAGGAUACAGAUCACGGUGGGAGAGACAAUGUUAAUGGGCCUGGCAUCUGCCACAGGUGUUUAUCUGGCUGCUCUUCCAACCCCUGGAGGUAUUCAAAUUGCUGGAAAGACCCCAAACGAUGCCUCUUAUGAACAACAUAUUUCUCAUGUGCAGAAGAAAAUCAACGAUACAAUCGCCAAAAAUAAGGAGCUCUAUGAAGUUAACCCCCCUGAGAUGACCGAAGAAAUUAUAGGUUCCCCUAUUCCUGAGCCAAGACAACGUACCAGGCUGCUAAGAUCUCAGUCUGAAAGUUCUGAUGAAGUUGCAGAACUAGACCUCUCCCAUGGGAAGAAAGACGCUUUUGUGUUGGAGAUUGAUGAUACAGAUGCAAUGGAAGAUGUGCAUUCUUUAUUGACAGAUGUCCCUCCCCCUUCAGGCUUUUACAGCUGCAACACAGAAAUCAUGCCUGGUAUAAAUAACUGGACUUCGGAUAUACAGAUGUUCACGUCGGUCCGAGUCACCAGACUCAGCAACGCUACUUUGACCAACCAAACGCUCAACAAGACCUUUAAUGACCUCUGUGAGAACCUGUUGAAGGGCCUGUAUUUUAAACUUCGAUCUAUGAUUCCUUGCUGCCUGUGCCAUGUCAACUUUACGGUCGCUCUGCCAGAGGAUGAAUUAAUUCAGGUCGCCGUCACAGCUGUGGCAAUAACGUUUGACAAACACCAAGCUUUGCAGGCAACCAAGACGCCAGCCGAAAAAACGUUACAGAGAGCUUCGACAGACAACGAAGAACAGCUGCAGUUUCCUUUGGAACUUUCAUCCGAUCCCCUCGGUUCUCAGUCGUUCUCGCCCGCGAAAGGUUGGUUGAAGCAAAGACCAGGCGCCUCUCCCCAGCCUCCUGCCUUGCGUUCAUUUGCUCCCUUACUGCUGGUUGGCUAUUUAAACCUGGAAGCAAAUAAUAACAAUAAUGAGAAGAAUUGCUGCCAAAAGUGAGUUCCUUGUUGGCAAGAAGCGCAGCAGUCAGUCAGGGCAAACAAAACCUUUGCGUGCUUUCUCCUCCAUCUUUCUUGAAACGUUGAGGUAGGGCGGCCGGUACUUGAGGGAGCAAAUGAAAAGGACCCAUUGAUGCUUGUUUUACUGCUCUUCCGGUGUUGCUUUGAGCUGCUGAACAGCUGUAACAUCCUGUCCUGAGGCAGCUGCAUUUCAGGGAAGGACUGUGGUGGUCUUUGAAAUGCAAAAUGUGCGGAAAUGACCGGUCUAAUUCAGGUUGAAGGCUGUUGAGUUUGAACGAAAACUCAUCAGAUUUGGACUGAAAACGUUGUGAAUUCCUUUGGGGGUGGGGACAUGGCUAUUUUAAGAUCUUUGUCUAGGUGCUGUGCUGUGCCAGGUAAUUUUUCUGGAGGACGUGAGGUUUCUUCCGCUCAUCCCAACGCUCAAUGCAAAGGGAACGACUUUCUCUUGGAAGGGCUUCAGUCGUUUUUUUCUCCUGAUUUGGGUGACUGGGCAAAAGAACGGAAGUUGGCAUGCCGUUUGAAGUAGUGCAGAUUGAUGCAGGCUGAGACGUAUCAAUGUCAUUUUCCAUGGUCACCGAUAAGGCACAAGUUAUGACUGAAAAGCAAAGAUAUUAUGGAGUUGAGAGUUUGCCGUGUCAGUGGAAAAGGCAAAUCCU